GACAGUUAUAAAUUGACAAUUUCAAGUUCACGACUUCAAUUUUUCUAAUUAUUAAAAUUUUUUCCGAGUUUUUCGUUUCUGCAAUUUAAAAAUGAAGAGUAUUAUAGCGCCUGAGGUUGAUAUGUUGACCGUGUCAAAGAGUUCCAGAAAUCAACGAAAGUCCAUCUUAAAUUUUGCGCCCAAAAUGGACUUAGUGAACUAUAGCAAGUCGGACAAUAUUGAUAAUUUUUACCUAGAGUGCCAAAAUUUUCGAGACUACUAUCGUGACCCAUACUGUAAGCUCUCAAAACCAGAGGCGUUCAAAGUGCCCUAUGGAAAAUGUGGAAGACAAAUUGAUAGGAAUAGUGUUUUGAGCUUGCCGGUAACCUGGGUUCGAGAGUACCACCCAGUAAUAUAUGCUUUACAAUAUGGCCGUGAGUUACAUCUAGACGAAGGUAUUUCACUGGGUGGCCAAUAUGAUCCAACAUCUUGUAUAAAAUACAAACGUUGACUACAACAAAAUUUUAAUAAAAUUGUUUGCAAAUAAUGUUUUUUAAUAAAAAAACUCUUAUUUGAAAGCA